GGCCCAAGUUUAAUUGGUUCAAUCAAGCCCCAAAUCUGCCAAAUUUUCUUCUUUUGCCUUGAAGAGAAAGAAAAGCUCUCUCUCUCUGCUGCUUCUAUUUUAGAGCGAGAAAGGAAAAGAGCAGACAAAUCAUUUGAAUCUGCAUUCUGCAAAUUUGUAAAGACAAACUUCUCCGUGCAUUCAAGAUGUUUAGGAACCAGUACGAUACCGACGUGACGACGUGGUCACCGGCGGGGCGGCUGUUCCAGGUCGAGUACGCGAUGGAGGCGGUAAAGCAGGGCUCGGCGGCGAUAGGGCUGAGAUCGAAGACUCACGUGGUGCUCGCGAGCGUCAACAAGGCUAGCUCCGAGCUCUCGUCGCACCAAAAGAAGAUCUUCAAGGUCGACGACCACAUCGGCGUCGCCAUCGCCGGACUCACCGCCGACGGAAGGGUGCUCUCGCGUUACAUGCGUAACGAGUGUAUUAAUUACUCCUACACCUACGAGUCCCCGCUCCCCGUUGGCCGCCUCGUUGUUCAGCUCGCCGACAAGGCUCAGGUCUGCACCCAGCGCUCGUGGAAGCGACCAUACGGCGUUGGCCUGCUGGUUGGGGGUCUUGAUGAAUCUGGAGCUCACCUAUAUUACAACUGUCCUAGUGGAAAUUACUUUGAGUAUCAAGCAUUUGCAAUUGGAUCUCGGUCACAGGCUGCAAAGACAUACCUAGAACGGAAGUUUGAGAGCUUUAUGGACUCAUCACGAGAAAAUCUGAUCAAGGAUGCGCUUUUUGCAUUAAGGGAGACCUUGCAAGGAGAAAAACUGACUAGCUCAAUCUGCACGAUUGCCAUACUGGGUGCCGGGGAGGCGUUUCAUGUAUUGGAUCAAGAAACUGUGCAAAGACUGAUCAAUGAAUUCGAGGUAGUUGGUGAAGAACCCCCUGCUGAUGAGGCUGCUGCACCAGAUGCUGAACCUGCUGCUCCAGCUGCUGCUGAGGGAGCAGCCCCUGACCAAGGUGCGGCCCCAAUGGAUAUCUGAUACUGCUAAAAUCUACUCUGCUUGCAUUUCUUGCUGUAGGAAGUGAGUGUUGUGUCGUGUCGUGUUGCUUAAACUCCGACCUUGAGCAGAAAUUACUGGCUGGAUUGCAUACUCGUAUUUUCUUGGCAAGCAAAUCUUUAGUGCGACUAUUUAAGUUUAUCACUUGGUGCCUUGCUUUUUAUAUUUGUAUUCGUGGUGAACUUUGUCUUGACGAUGGGAUGCAUUAUGUUUUUCAUCUUAGGUUGAAUUUGAGCACGUAAGCUAAUAUACUAUUGGUACGGAAUCAAUUCAA